AUGAGCACGGGUGGCGAGUUGGCUCAAAGGCAGUACAUCAUCGAGCUUGAAAAGAAAAUCCGUGCCCUAAACAGCAAGAACAAGAACCCAACCCUGGACGCCAACCUGAGCGAUACGACAACAGACCAGACACAGCAGUCGACCUUGGAGGCAGACCAUUCCGCCCUCGUCACCCAGGACCAUGAAAAUCAUGCUUUGGGCUAUACCGCACCUGAUGGACCAUUUGAUUUAGAGACUGAAACGCAAAGUCAUUCGCGUCACAGCGAGACCGCUGUUAUCAGACCAGAGCUCAAUUCCCACGGACUAGAGUCCUCGAGUCUACGUUUCCCAUCGACUUCCGCAGCUGAUAUCGGUUCGGAUCAGAGCCUGUAUCUGUCAAGUGCCUUGAGCCCACAAAGAAGCGAGUUGCAAAGCCCUGCACCACUCAGCGUGGAGCAAGGUUUCGCAUCUGCCAGGUUUUGGGGAGAAACAUGCAAACUACUGGGUUCUCACAAUCAUUUGCAGUCCAUCGGCGAGAGGAUUCAAAUCCACAAACCAAAACGUUUCCGCGGGACGUCCGAGGGCAGAGCUAUCAGCUCACCUGAAUACCUCCUUCCCGUCAGAUCGACGGCAGACUCUUUGCUACAAUUGUAUUGGACCGACAUCCUGCCGUUCUUCCCUUUUGUUCACCGACCGUCUUUCCAGGAGCGAUACGAGCAACUGUGGGUCAGCGAUUCACCACCGCCGGAUGACGGGUUCCACUGUCUGCUGAAUAUAAUCUUCGCAAUCUCAUCGAGAGUGAGUGGAAAGACAUCGCUUAAAGCCAGGGAAGCCUCCUCGACUUCUUUUAUUGCACGAGCUCGUGAGCUCCUGCAGUUUGACUUCCUGUCACCUGGAACCUUAGAAACCGUUCAGACCUGGCUUUUGAUGGCUCAGUAUCUCCAGAGCGCCAAUGAACCUUGGCCAUGCUGGAUUGCCGUCGGCACAGCUGUGCGAAUUGCCCAAGGCAUAGGUAUUCACCAAGGAGGUUCGGAUAUCACGACAUGGAGUCAGCGUGAUCAAGAGAUGGCUCGUCGAUUGUGGCAUGGAUGUGCUCUUAUGGAUCGAAUUAUUGCUGGUACUUUGGGUCUUCGCUCCACAGCCCAUGAGCUGGCCAUGGACCCAGUUCCACUACCUACGGCAAUUGACGAUGAAUACCUGUCGGCUAUACCCAAUGUGUAUGGCAAACAACCCUUGUCUAGGCCGUCCCUACAGGCCUUCUUCAUCAGCACCACACGGCUUUUCGAUAUAUUGUCCGACGUCAUGGAUCGCUUCUACACCGACUCAAGACGGAGUGACGCCGUGGCCUCUACGAUUCACACUACCAACGAAGACUUAAAUCUUAAAGGAUUAGUCGAGGCCGAAGCCCGACUGAAUGGUUACUGGGAGCACCUGCCCUCCUCUUUGAAAUCCAGUCUUCCAGCUCCAGCAUCGGUGGGCGGACGUAGGGAACUGGUUUUGCAAGCAUCAGUCCUUCGAUGUCGGUUUUUAUUUACCAAACUUCUGAUCUACCGGCCGUUGCUUGCUCGAUUAUUGGACCUGACAGAUGACUCCGUCAAUCAAAAUAAUCGGCAAGAUGACUCUGUCGGUUCCUCAAUCCUUCAGAGCUCGGCGGCCAUCUGCGUUCGGUCGGCUAUGGAGCUCACCAAUAUCCUCUGUGACAACCUCAUCGAGAAUUCAGAGUGA